CAUUUCCAGUGACAUUUGGUUCGUAGACUGCGAAAUCGACGCAACUGACGCUAGACGCCCAAAGUGUUAUAUAGUUUCUGAAAAUACUAUUUAUUACAUUGUGAGUUUGUAUAAAGUUGUGUUUAUUUUUCUGAAGCUAAGUUUUUAUUUAAACUAGAGCAAGAUGAUGUCUCCAUCGAGCGCACAAGAAGACGCCAAAUUAGACGCCAUGCAACGCUCUUGGCAAUCAAAAAGAAGCCGAUCUUCGAGUCUUUUCGAAGACUUGACUUCCGAAUCUCAACUGUUAGCAAUGCCCCAGGCAUCGUGCAGCCCCAGCACCAAAUCGCUUUUCUCAACCAUCCAAUCCAAAGGAAAGGAGGAAGAUGCCGAGGUUUAUUCCUUACAGGAGCAAGUUGUUCCUGAAAUAUUGGAACAAGUCGAACAACAACCGUCAUGUACUGUCUUGGAUGCGUCCACAGUCGGGGACUUCCCCGCUGUAUAUACCGUGUGUUCCCUAGAACGGCAUCAAAUGCCUGCAGUUGGGGUCUUCGUUGACAAACGCAUCGUCCCUGGUUUCAAAUACCGCGUGCGGCCUUUGCCCCAAAUCGGUCAAGACCCCACAAUGAACAAGUGUCUCUUCAAUGACUCUGCCCUAACAUUGAAAAGCAUCGGUCGUGGUUAUGCUCGAAGAUUCACCUUUGAAGCCACUGACAGUCUCAACAACAACGAAAACUACUUCUGGAGCGACAACCGUCCCGAAGGUUACGCUUUCGAAUUGGAGGUCAUCUCCGAAGGCGACAAAUUCACCAUUUUCGACAUGAACAAAGAAGCUCAGGGCAUCGUGGAAGUGCUACAGUUAGAAGGACCUCAAUUUGAAAUUAGUAAUGUUUACAGCAGGCAAAAUAUCGAAAAAAGGGCCAAUGUUAGGUUCACGGGUAAGGUAGAGUUUUACGAGACCGGUGUGGCCAAACCGAUGCCCCUGAGCGGACUUGCGGUGGCUGUCAAGUACAAGCACAAGGGGGCUGCCGAGAUUGUUAAAGUCCAAAAUGUCGUUAUAAACAAACAAAGGUACACAUUAUUCCCAGGCAUUCAAAAGAUACACAGGAGGGUCACGGUGAGGGGUCGCGACAUUAACGAUGUGCCCACGCAGUACUCCAUGCAUGGAUUGGAGCCCUACGAACUCCCCGUUGUCGGUACUUAUGUCGAUCCUCGAGUCAUCCCGGGAUUCUACUACAAAGUCAGACCAAGCGACAGGAAAGAACACUUGUUUGGUGGGCGCGCUUUGAAACUCUUAAGUAUUGGAAUGGGAUAUGCCAAACGGUUGACUUUCGAGCCCGAUUCAUUGCUCACCCCUGAUAACUAUCUAUGGUCUGAUAACCAUCCAGAUGGUCUGGGUCUGGAAAUCAGGGCUGUUCACAAAGACAUGAAAUUUAUAAUCAAAGCUAGGGACCAAAUUCUCGGAGAAGCUUCGGUUUUUAGAGCUGACAAGCCACAAAUUGAGGAAAAAAUGGAGAAAAUUAAGACGCAAUCUGGCAAAUAUGCUAUAGAGAAAUAUGUUCAUAUUGACGUCAUGUGCCACAUUGCCAUUGCCAUCCCCGGUGGUGGUUGUGUUGAAAACACUGAGACCUUGAUGCGCGUUUACGGAUUGGCUGUAGUGCGAAAAGAGCCCAAUAGGAAUGAAGCUCACGUGAUUAGGGUGGAGAAUGUCGGUUUGGAUUCGCAACUAAACGUUUUGUUUGCACAAACUCACACCGAACUGACAUUCUACCCUAAAAAAUAAAUCUCUUUUACUGACUUAACGCUGCACUCCAUGUAGUUUCAAUGUGAUUUCUUAGGAUAGUGUUAAGUUAUUUUUUAUUUGACUACUUAAUGUACAAUUAUCAAUAAAUGAUUUUGCAAUAAAUAUUGAUUCACUUUU